AAAUUCUAGAUGGGUUAGGGAUUUAUCCUACCGACAAAACAUAAUCAAACGAGAAAAUUAAAUUGACGAAUGGUUGAAGGUUAAUGAAUUAUUGAUAAAAGCCUCCGCUGGUACAUUUUAAACUGGAUACAAGCAUUCAGAUAGUUUAAUCGAAAGAGAUAUUUGUAUACAAUACACGUAACGGAUUUUUUUUCUUAUCAAAAGGUUCUAUGAUGUCUGCCAACGAAAAGUUGACAAUACAAGCGUUAAAAGAUCACGACAAGGUUCAGCCAAAGUUUUCAGCCACCGCUCGGGGCCACGGUUCGAAAGACGGAUCUAAAGUGUCUGUUUCUUCAAGACGCUCUCAUCCAAGUGGAGACCAAGCGUCCCAAAGAUCAGACAAAAAUGGACGACCACCACCAAAAAUUAAUUUUUUCAAGCUUGUCGUAGCAACAAGAGCAUGGCACAGACUGGCAAAGAAGAGUAGCAUGCGUAGCGAGAAAGUCGCUAAACCUGCAAUAAAAUAUGAAAACACUUACAGAACUGAACCAGAAGACGGAAAAUACUUCGCGCCAAUGAGAGUAGAAAACAUGAUGAAAGAAACAUUAGAAAAAAAACUGAAAACUGUGAAAUAUACACCAGACGGAUGCCGUAUCAUAGCAACAGAACUGACAGCGGAUAUCAAGAGCAAAGUGAAAGCAAUGGAUUUCCCGCGCUAUAAAAUCGUCUGCAACGUAUUCAUAACGGAAAAUAAACGGCAAGGACUAGAAAUAGCCAGUAGAGCUGUUUGGAACCAGGACACGGACAAUUAUGCGUCGUAUACGUAUAGAAAUCCUACGUUGAUUGCCGUAGCAAAUGUUUAUGGCGUGUAUUACGAAUAAUUCGUCCUAAACUGACAAUUGACAAAUAUAUAACUUUGGACGUUGUAUUUAUAACAAAUUCAGUUCUUGGGUUACAUGUAAUGUAUUACAAACACAUUCUGUGAUAUGAAAAAAAAUAACGUGACGUGCAUAUCCGAGUUUAUGAACGCUUUAUGAAAUUUUAUUUUCUUAAAUCUUCCUAUUAUAUCAUAUUUAUAAAGUAUACAAACACAUACAUUUCUAAAAAGUUUAAAAGGAUCACAUAGCUGAUGACAACAAUCAUAAACAGAUUACUGAAGUGGAUAAAAUACAAUACCCAUCAUUAAUUUUUAAGCAUGGCGUACAGCUAGGGAUAGUCCCUAAACCCAAAAGUGUUGCUGCUUUUUAUACGGUAGUACUUGUUUGACAGAACGGUGCCACAGAUUUUGUACCAAAUGAUUUCCGUGAAAAACUUAGUAGCUUAAGAACGUAACAGUCGCGGGCAAAGGGCAAAGCGCGUGGGGUAAGACCGCUCACAAACUAGGCAAGUAACUGUAAAAAAAAAGGGAAUUAUAUGUACAUUACGAUGACGAGACAAGAGCUAAAAUUGCAUCACCUGACUGACUUUCCGAUUGCUCUUUUUUUCACUUAUCAAUCAACUACUGAUGUUUUUAGCUUAUGGAAUUUAUAUUACAAGGGUAAGAAAAAUAUGUAGCUGAUAUGUCUAAAUGAAUUUUUAUUCAUGUUAAAACCUCCUUUUUUAAUAAAUAUACAUAUAUAUAGGUAUAUCGGGGAGAAGCUUUGCAGCUGCCUACCAAUGAUAACUGCAAACUUUCGCGUUUUCACGGUACCUGAUUGUUUCGCGACUAUUAAAAUUCGCGGAAACACGUCGCUAACUAAAAUAGCGCGGAACAAUUUCUAGGUCUACAGUAUACAGUUUUGUAUGGUCAAAAGAGUAAAAAAAACUUUCAUUGCACAUAAAAGAGCAUAAAAUGAAUUUGAAGAAAUAUAUCAAGAUUCUGUGAAACCUUCCCUUAAGCAUGGAACACUAAAUGAAAUAAGGUAAAACGUGUAGGCACUGGGGACAUCCUUUCUGUAAGCAUUGUUCAAAAAUUGAUGGUAGGAGAGACAUUUCAUUCCCUUAUGUGAUCUAUAUCUUACUGAUUGUCAUUUUAAUGUACCUGCUGAGAGAUUUUUUUUAAAAAAACAUAGUUGAUAUACUUUUUAAAUAUAAGAUUAAACCUUUUUUUUAUUUUAACAACAAAAACUCUUAAAGUGAUAUACGCUACCUUAAAAAACUAAUUGUUCUUAUAGUAUAAGUGGCUCUGUACAUAUAUGGAGUCUUAUUUCAGCCGCCGCUCAUGUAUAAUACGAUCAUAUCAGACUUAAUACAUUAUUAUCAAUCACGGGUGCAUCAUAUUUCCGAAACAAGUGUGAAAGACCUCUGGUAUGCGGGAAUGAAUGAGUUAAUGAAGUUAAAAAAUGAUGACAGAUCAUUUCUUGUGAAAAUGGCCUGUUUUAUAUUCGUUUCAGUAUAACUUUGCAUUGCAUGCAUGAGUUCGGUUGUGAUUGGUCGUUAUACUAGUAAAUGGAGACUUUAAAAAACAAAACGAAGGGCGUCUGGCUAUAGUCACAGUUGGCAGCAAUACAUGUGGGUGUAGGUUUAUAGUUACUACAUUCUUUUCAAAGCUAAUUAUUUUUGUAUUUUGUUAUUAUGCAUUAUUUUGCAGGACUAUUCAAUAAAUGCUUUAUUCAG